GACCAGAGAGCGACGUGUCCUGAAUCCCGUCCCACAUUAAUAACUAAACUAAAGUCAAGAGUCUGUUUACACUCCAUUCUACCUCCAUGGUUUACAAACUACAUGAGCAGCCGCCAAAGCUCCACAGAUAAUUACGUAACUACUUGAAAGGUUUGGUUGGAUUAUCGUGAUCAUGAAUGUUCUUUGAUUUUGAAGAUCCCGGACCUAGCAUACAGGAUUACAGUCGGUCAGUACGCUUGCAAUUGCAUGCAGCGCUGUGUGCAGUCAGGUUGAUGAGGGACCCCGGUUGAGGUAGGUGUAGUGAUGAGUGAUGAGUGAUCCGUGGCCAGCUGGUGUGGUUGAUUCAUCAUAAAAAUUUCGCAACGGCCGAUCCGUCCUUCUUCGAUCCGCCCAAUCUUGCCAGUUCCCUACGGGAGCAUUACCGGAUCGUCAUGGUCCAGUUUGCGAUGAUAUCCCGUCUUAAGGAUGGUCUUCCCCUGUCGGCGACCACCGACCACGAGCCCAGCGAAGCUGUGCUCAUUAGUAAGAAGUACGCUAAGCUCAUCGCCAAGAGAGCUUCUCGCUACCCAGAUAGAUGUUCGCUAUUCACAGGACAUCAUUGGUUACAUCUUAUUUCAUCCCUUGGUGUGUGUUUCAUCAUGAUGUGUGAGGAGAACUACCCGGCGGUCUUGGCAUUCUGCUUCCUGGAUGAGAUCCAAAGAUCCUUCAUCUCUACUUAUGACGGUAAACGAGUGGAGAGCUGUCGGAGACCGUACGCACUCAUUGAAUUCGACACUGUGAUCAAAAAGACAAAACAGCGCUUCAACAACACAAGGACAUUACAGACUAAAAUAAACCUAACAGAUAUGUCGCAAGAGGUUAAGCUUCGCCCACCUCAUCGCAUCCGCAUCGAAGACCUGGGUCCCAUACCUGGUGAUAACUACCCAUCGGAGAAAAAUGGAGUUGCUCGUGUGUAUCGCCCCCAAGCUGAAAACCAUCAGCAGCUCAUACCACUGGACUGGUUAGGUAAACUGACUCUCGCCCUUUGCUCGCUCUGCCUCACACUCAACCUUAUACGAGUUGGGAGGAUAUUCAACGCUGGACCCAUGAUUUUAGACGAUGAUAUUCACUUCACCGCGUUGUCAGCUUUUCUGUUUCUCGGCGCCAGCAUCUUUGGUCUCGCACAGAGUUACCUUCUUCUAUAUCGGACAUCUUGGAGGACUUUUAAGAAUCUGUUUGUGAUGCUUUGUCUGACGUCCAUCGAGGCCUAUCUCUUUCUACACGCCUACCGUUACGGUCUGACGUCCUUCUUCAAUAUAGGCAUCGCUGUGUUUGCUGCUGUGAGAAUUCAAACUCGGACAAUACCGCCGAAGUUACCUGACUACACUGUAUGAUGUCACUCACACUAAACUUUCGUGUAUUUGUUUGACUGUUUCGUCAAAAUUAUCUGCCUACUUUGUAUGAUGCCAACAAACUGUCUCACAUUUUUGUUGUGGUGGUCCUGAAACAAUGUUCGCUGCUCAACUACUUGGGCCCUGCCAGACAGUAUGGACAAAGUUGCCAACCUUUUUUUUAAACAGUUAUUUUGUGUUGUUGGUGGAGAAGGUUGUGAUUGACUUAGUAACAACAAGGUCAAAUCAAAUCAAACUGAACUGCCAAAUAUAUAUGUCCUGUCUACAGUUAGUGAUGGGAGUACCAUAAACAUCUCACAAAAAUAAAGUAAGGUCACAACAAAGUCGCAAUUGAAAUAAACUUUUUUUACGGCCCAAUUUCAUGGAGUUGGUUAAAGGGACACUAUUGGUAAUUACUCAAAAUAAU